AUGGCAGACAGAGACGAAGGAGCCAAACGAACCCUAAUCUUCGUCUAUGGAACCCUCAAACGAGGCUUCCCAAACCACUACCCAAUUCAAGACCAACUCACAUCAAACGACGCCGUUUACCUGGGUUCUUACAUCACCGUUCAUCAAUUCCCCCUAGUCUGUGGACCCUACGGCAUCCCCUUCCUCCUCAACCUCCCCCAAUCCGAUUGCCACCACCGCGUCCACGGCGAGCUCUACGCCGUAUCCUCCCUGGGCCUGGAAGUUCUCGACGAGUUCGAAGGCACGAGUCUUGGCCACUACGAGAGAUUGCCGAUCCAGGUUUGUGGCGGAAGUGGGAGUGACGGUGGUGGUGAGGUGGUGGACGCAGAGGCGUAUUAUGGGCAUCGUUGUUUUGCGGAGGGGAUGUGGGAAAAGAAUGGAAGAGUUGGGUUUGAUGUGUAUACAGAGGAUAUGGCGAGGAAGUACGUGAAGAGGGAAGAUAGACCUAAGGGUCGGAGUUUUCUUGAGGCAAUCCGAUCCUUUUGUUCGUCUGAUUCGAUUGAAGUUUUGGGAAUUUGAUCUGAAAGCUCCAAAAUUUAUCUCAAAUUAGGGUUUAUUCAUCAAUUCAAGUUGCUAAUAAUUCAAGGCUAACCAAGUUAGUAGGAGACCCACUUCAGAAUAAUGGGGGUCUAUGCUGCUUUUGCAUUAGAAGGUUAAUCUUACUCUCCAAGAGGCCUGAAUAUCAAUAAACUAAAUUAGCUGGUAAAUUGGUACAUUUACUGUAUUGGUUAUGUCUUUGCUUUGAUUAAUUCUUAUUAUGCUUUAGAUAUAACUGAUUAGUUCUUCUGAAAAUUUGUAUUCUGCUUGUUGAAUACGAGUCAUUUUUUUAAGAAAUGUAAGUGGGAUUGUGAUUGAUAUGGC